GUCUUCGAUCCCGUGCGCGAUCGUGCACUAUUAUGUGUGUUUUAAUGGAAUAGACCCACCACCGAUGUACAACCGAUCACCACAUUGUAUUCAAAUCAAGUUCCGCUUUAAAACAAUGUAAAAACGUGAGAGUUAGUGGGUACAGACAACAGCAGGCAAAAACAAAGAGAAGAGCGCAGAAGCAAACAUUUUAAACAAACAAUCUGCGGGUUCGCCCGCGCUAAAGAACGAGGUUCGCGGGUUCAGUGAUCCAAUAGCGCUGUACGUUUGCGCCGAAAUCCAGUUCAAACUAGGCAAGUGUUCCUAAGCAGUGUGGUUCAAAAACCUUCUCCCAGAGCAUUUUUGGCCAUCUAGUGCGAAGAGAAGUGCAUUACACUGUGAAGUGAAUCUUAGCAGCAUGGCGAAUAGCGUGGCCGGACAGCUACUGGUCUAUGCCCUUCUGCUAUUCUUCGUGGUUGUGGCCGUGUUUCUUUCCUAUGCAAUCAUUCUACACACCGAGCAGUCGCAGAUGUGGAGUACCAUCAAGGAUCGCGGCGCUACGCGCACUAUGCCGAACGGUACCACAAACUACUGGUACUACAUUGUACGGGAUAUGGACAAGAUUCGCAACAUGACGGACUUACUCCACAUGGAUCGUUCGACACACGUCGUACCAACGCCGGUUGGCUUCAGAGUGAUCGGCAAGGACUUCGAGAUACAUUUCGAUCGCAUCAACGUGACGCAUGCCGCCGAGGACGAGGGCCCACACCAACCCCAGGAGGACUACAUACCAACGCUCGUGAAGCGCAAGACGUACGUUUGGGAGAUAACAAGACGCCAACCGACUGCCAACAUUACCGUACCGGUGUUCCUGGGAAAGAUCCACGACAAGCAGGCCAUUCCACCGUUUCAAAAUGCAAUUCCACCGCCGGAUUCUGACACUAAAAAAGAGUAGAAGCAAGCUCCAAUAGUGGUGCGCUUUUUUCUAUUAGUAGUCCGUAACGAACAGUGCUUAAAGUAAGGAAAUAGAAGCUGCUAUAAAA